CUUGACGGAGGAGGGCCAUCCAGCCGAUUUCUAUAGUUUUUUGUACACACACAGAGUAGAGAUGCGUGAAAGCACGCUGCUCUGACUCAGACCAACAGACGUACGGAGGACUCCUCGUGGCUGAGCCCGGCCGGCAUCACAGCGCACACCCGGACCGUCAGAGAGGAAGCCACAGAGGGAGAAGUCGGCGAAGCGGGAAGCUUUGUGACCCCGAGUGAGGAAGAAGAAGGAGGAAACUGAGCCCGAACGAUGUCGGCGUUGAAGAAGAGAAACUCAAAUUCCUCUGCAGAGAGGGAAGAAGAGGACAAGCUGGCCACCGAAAUGAUGCUCCAGGGUGGAGCAUCGGACAGCGACGCCAAGAGCCCCAACAACGCCGCCGGAGGAGAGGGAGGGGGGGAAGGGGUCGCCCUGAAGAGGACCAUCACUCUGGUGAACGGCGUGGCCAUCAUCGUGGGCACCAUCAUAGGCUCGGGCAUCUUUGUCACCCCAACCGGCGUGGUGAAGGAGGCCGGCUCGGUGGGUCUGUCCCUGAUAGUGUGGUCGGUGUGCGGGGUGUUCUCCACAGUGGGAGCCCUCUGCUACGCGGAGCUGGGGACCACCAUCUCCAAGUCCGGCGGGGACUAUGCCUACAUCCUGGAGGUGUACGGCUCUCUGCCGGCUUUCCUCAAACUCUGGAUCGAGCUGCUCAUCAUCCGGCCGUCCUCCCAGUACAUCGUCGCCUACGUUUUCGCCACGUACCUCCUCAAGCCGCUGUUCCCCGUGUGCCCGGUGCCGGAGAACGGAGCCAAGGUCGUGGCCUGCCUCUGCAUCCUCUUGUUGACGUUUGUGAACUGCUACAGUGUGAAGGCGGCCACCAGAGUACAGGACUUCUUUGCCGCUGCCAAGCUCCUGGCACUUGGACUCAUCAUCAUCAUCGGCUUCGUCCAGAUUGGCCGAGGCAGCACAGACGGCCUCCUUCCAGAAAAUUCCUUCAAGGGGUCCAAAUAUGAGUUUGGUAGCAUUGGCCUGGCGCUCUACAGCGGCCUGUUUGCCUACGGCGGCUGGAACUACUUGAAUUUUGUUACUGAGGAAAUGAUUGAACCUUACAAAAACCUGCCUCGCGCCAUCAUCAUCUCUCUGCCAAUAGUGACUAUAGUGUACGUUCUGACCAACCUGGCAUAUUUCACCACCCUCUCCCCGGAGCAGAUGCUGGGCUCAGAGGCCGUGGCUGUGGACUUUGGCAACAGACACCUGGGUCCGAUGGCAUGGAUCAUCCCGGUGUUUGUAGGUCUGUCGUGCUUUGGAUCAGUCAACGGCUCUCUGUUCACGUCAUCCAGGUUGUUCUUCGUGGGUUCCCGGGAGGGCCACCUGCCCAGCCUGCUGUCAAUGAUCCACCCCACCCUGCUGACCCCACUGCCCUCACUUAUAUUCACUUGUCUGAUGACGCUGCUCUACGCCUUCUCCAACGACAUCUUCUCCGUCAUAAACUUCUUCAGCUUCUUCAACUGGCUCUGCAUCGCCAUGGCGAUCGUCGGGAUGAUGUGGCUCCGUUAUAAGAAGCCGGAGCUGGAGCGGCCAAUCAAGGUGAACAUUCUGCUGCCGGUGAGUUUCGUGCUAGCCUGCCUCUUCCUCAUCAUCGUUUCCUUCUGGAAGACUCCAAUAGAGUGUGCGAUCGGCUUCGGCAUCAUUGGUACUGGAAUUCCUGUCUACUUGAUCGGCGUGUGGUGGAAGAGCAAACCCAAGUGGAUGCUGCAUGGAAUCUUCUCGACCACAGCCUUGUGUCAGAAGGUGAUGGAGGUGGUGCCUCAGGCGUCCUAAAAGGCUUCGCCCUUUACACCAGCCAGUGGCCAACCGGCUUGCACCAACACUGUCCUCUUGGCUCUGACAUCACAGCUGAUAAAGCUUGACCUAUGUUGACUCCUUUCACUCCCCUCUCUCUCUCUCCCUCUAUUUCUCUCCCUCUCAUACACACACACACACACACACACACACACACACACCCUGUCUGCAGGGCACUGAUAAAGACCUGAUGAAGACAGAAACAAGUGUUUGAUACUACUGUAUCUUGGCGGUCAUCAACAAUCUUUCAGUUGUUUCUUUUGUUGCCAACGUUUUUUGGCUAGUUGAGUAUGGACUUUUUUUAGUCACUAACUAUCCAUUGUAGGCUGUUCAGUGUUGGUGUUGUUUUUUACAAUGCAUUUCAAUGAAUUGUUUCUAUUUUACGGUUGUUUUUUUUGUGAAUAAGUGUAAAUGUUAAAUAUCUCUCCUCAUUAGAAAACUGUUGUAUUUAGCAAGUUGUGCCUUACGUGGUGAAUGAAGGUGUAACUGUCAGCCGUGGCAGUAGUUGUCGAUGGUGUCUGAGGCUGCCGUCAGAGACCAUUAAAUCCUGCAAGCAUCCACAUUUAAUCUCCUGGAACCAACUUUUGCUUACAGGUAGAAGUUGGAGUUGUUGCUAAACAAGUUUAGUUUAGUCAAAUAUUCAUGAAGCUUUGCAUUGAAAACAUUUGUUCCUGCAGUCAUUACAACUUUUUAGCACUUUUAGUUAAAUCUUGUGUUGUCUGUUGUUGCUCUUCGGUCCAUGUUGUGGCCUGUUGGUCGCUGUAAUGCCCUGUCUGUUGAGUUUUAGUCCUGCUCUCUGUCGUUUUUUUGGGACUGAAUUUUAUUUUAUUUUUUUUUAAAGUUGUCUAUGCUGCUGUAGGAGUAAAGUCGAAUGAAGAUCUCGCCGUGUUAGAGAUGUUUCCGUUUUCUCAUUUUUACAGUAACAAGACUGUCGACAAAUGUAUCCCAUUCAGUGGUGGUGUACUUUCAUUAGUCAGCUGAAUUAAACACAUGCAGUAAAUUAAGCUUACUUAAAAUUUGCUCGUUUGUCUGGCUAACUAAAUCCCUCAGUGAAAGGAGAAAAAAGGUAGAAGUUAAAGUUUUCCGUUACUUAUUUAUGUCUAAAACAUUACAGACCGGCCGUGGUGGUGAACAUGAGUGUGCUGUGUGCAGUCUUCUGAUGUCACCUCACAGGAUUCCUGGGGAUUGCAGUUGAAUUGCUAAUGAAGUUGCAUUGCUCUUUAAAUGAGCAUGUGGUCAGAUUGACAGAGGUGCAUCUAAAAGUGUGGGAAACUAUGUUAUGAUGUUAUGACCAUCACUGAAAAACUUCAAUGUGGUUAUUUUCCUGCUGUUGAGUAUCUCAGCAUGCCCAGCCAUAAAAACGUCAUCACAAUGACAGUGUUUAAGAGACAGUGUUUCAGACUAUAUGUUGUAAUAAAGCCAUGUAGCUGUACACACAAUAUCAGGUUAGAGCAGAGUGACAGAAGAAACGUAAUGCCCUUUUGAGUGUAGUGGAUGUCUGUGUCGUUUGUGUGGGUAUACAAUUGGGUUAGUUUGUGUGUGUGUGUACUUCCUACGAAGUGAGGACGGGAAAAAGGUUUGAACCACAGAGUGAGGACAUUUUUGGGAAGUGAUGACAUUUUGGCCGGUCCUCACAACUUCAAAGGGCUGUUUGAAUGUUAAGACGUGGUUUUAAGGGUUAGGUUAGAAUUAUGUAAGGGUUAGGGUCAACAUUUUAGUUGUUUGGGUAAAGGUCCAGUGAAUGCAUUUGUGUGUGUGUGUGUGUGUGUGUGUGUGUGUGUGUGUGUGUGUGUGUGUGUGUGUGUUUGUAUUUGGGGGGUUCUUAAUGUAGGUGAAGUGACAGGUCAAAGAGCAUUAAGCAGACACAAUCGUGUGUUUCAGGCUACAUCCACACUGCUACGUUUUUGUUUUAAAACGCAAGCCUUUUGCUACGUUUGCACCUCCCGUCCAGACUAAAAUGGGGAAAAUUGGAAACGCUGCCGAACCCAUUUUUGUUUUAAAACUCCAGGCUAGCGUUUUAGUGCUGACAGGCGACAACGGAGGACUUUAAAAAUGAUGACAAAGACGCUCACGCUCAAGAGUUUAUGUUUUGAUAUUCUUAUUCAAAUGUUUUGUACUGUGCAAAUAACACUUUCACUUGUACUGUACAUGUCGCCGUAUUUGCUUUGUGAUGACUCCCAGUCUGUUUUCCGCCAUCAAAGUCACUUUGGACUCCCAUAUUACUUCCAGUAACAGUUCCACCUUGUUGUCGGUCCAUGCAAAAACAUCUGUGAAGUGGUUCUUCAUGUGUAGUAGUACUUUCUUCUUUUUGCUAAAUCUUCUGCAACUGCGGAGUAGACACUCUGCUUCCUGUUUACACUGGCCAACGCAUGCCCAGUGUACAUGAACGGCCACUAGAUGUGCGUUUUCAUUUGUUUUAAUAUAGACGAUGAUCAAUUCUGAUAUGCAGCUAAACACUGGUGUGGACGGAGAUCGUUUUCGUUUUUAAACAGAAACGGAGUAGUGUACAUGUAUCCUCAGUCUAUGCAGAGAGAUGCUAGAGUGGAAAUGGGAAAGAGAUUUUCUAUGGGUGGGGGGUGAACUACAGAAAGAGCACACAGUAUGAACUGCUAGUUUGUAUUUUCCAUCCUCAUGUUUUGUAUUUACUGGUCCACACACAGCAGCAGUUAAUGCUCUAUUGAUAACGUUGACACUCCUCCUGGAAAAGGACCAAAAGUACAUGUUAUCAUGGCGCCGUUGUUGUUAUGGAGACAGCGCCAGUGGAUGCAGGUGGGGUUAAUGUGUAUGUUUUAGAGGUAGAAACCUUUCUAACAAUCCAGCCAUCGCAUAAAGCUGAUGGGAAACUAACCUGAAUAGAACUAUAGAACGUUUAUUUAUUUAUUUUUUAGAAAACGUAGUUGUGUAUUGUUAUUAGUCCCUCUAAUUUGUUUACAGGGCAUUUUAUGAAAAGUGCUUUACAAAUAAAUCUUGAGUUUUUUUCCA